AUGGCUUCUUCUUUGCGUUCCCCCACCCACCCUCGCGCGCCUCUCUCCUAUUUUCAGCACCAGCAGCAGCAGCAGCCGCUGCAGCAGCAGCAGCAGCACUUGUCUCUAUCAUCUCUCAAGCUCCAAACAGGGGCCCCGGGGGCCCCCAAUACCCUGGGGGCCCCCAGUACCCUGGGGGCCCCCAGUACCCUGGGGGCCCCCAGUACCCUGGGCCUCCCCAGUAACCUGGGGGCCCCCAGUACCUUGGGGGCCCCCAGUACCCUUGGGGCCCCCAGUACCUUGGGGGCCUCCAGUACCCUGGGGGCCCCCAGUACCCUUGGGGGCCCCUCGAAAGUGGGUACUCUGGGGGAGAAGCUGCAGAUGUCCGUCUUGGGGGCCCCUAGGGGCCCCCGCGAGGCUUCCCACAGUUCCUUAUAUGGGGCCCUUGAGGGUGGUGCAGCAGCAGCAGCAGCAGCAGCAGUGCCUGCAGCAGCUUCUGCGCUCAACAACUGCAGCAGCAGCAGCAGCAACAGCAACUAUCGGUUCGCCUCGCACCCUAGCUCGUUUGCGUCCCCCCUGGUUGGAACUGCAGCAGCAACUGCCGCAGCAGCAACAGCAGCAGCAGCAGCAGCAGAAGCAGCUAACGGUGCUUCCAGGACCCCUUGGUCUCACACAGGAGCCCUGCUGAGCAGCACUCAGCAGCAACUGCAGCAGCUGCAGCAGCAGCAGCAGCAGCUGGAGCAGCAGCAGCAGCAGCUCCUCGCGGACUUCGACGACUCCUUCUCCAACCACUCGCAGCAGCAGCAGCAGCAGCAGCUAGGGGCAGCAGCAGCAGCAGCAGCAGCAGACAUGGGGGACCUGCAGAGCCACAGCGGGCGGCGCCGCCGCCACCGCCGCAGCAGCAGAGCCUCGCCCGCCACGGCCUUUGAGCAGGAGCAGCAGCAGCUGCACGAGCAGCAGCAGCAGCAGCAGCAGCAACAGUAUCUGCAUGCGCUGGGGGCUUCGGGAGGCCCCACAGGGCUGCGCCGCAUGCAGGGGGAGCUGCCGCUGCAGCUGAGGGGCCCCCUGGGCUCGGGGGGCCCCCCGGGGGCCCCCAGCCUGGCUGAGGGCCCCGAGGGCUCGCUGCUGCAGCUCAGCAGCAAACAGGGUACUGCAGCAGAAAGGGGCUGGUCGCUGCAGCGCUCGAGGGGCCCCCCCCCGGGGCUGAGCGGCUGCGCAGCAGCAGCGCCAUUGGCAUCAGAGAACCUGCUGCUGCUGCCGCUGCAGGACUUGGGGCCCCGCUGCUGCAGCAGCGGCUGCAGCUGA